GCGAGCGCCGUCUUUUCGAGACUCCCGAAACUGAAGCGGUGGGCCUAUGCCGCUGGCGUUAGGGGCUACAUGCGCCAUAACUGCUGGCCUGCUGGGGGCGCUGGCUGCUUCCUCAGCAAAGCUGGCUUUGGGCGAUGAUUACUUGAAGAUUGAUUGCCAAGCCGUCCUCGGGGAAAUCGCCGGAGAAUGUGUGUGGGUAUCUGUAAUACUUCAAAUAGUUUGUGGUGGCCUAGUGUUUGUGUGCAAUGCCAUAAUGUGGACUUUCUUUGCUAAAGCUUUAAGACAUUCCUUCUCCUCAGCUACAGUAACUGUGACAUCAACAGCGUCCAACUUCAUCUUUUCAGCCUUUUUAGGAAGGUUGUUGUUUGGAGAAAUAGAUGACUUGUUAUGGUGGAUUGGAAUAUCCAUUUCUCUCCUUGGACUUCUCUUACUUCACACCACACCAUUAAAACAGCAAAUCUGUCUGAAGAAGAAAAAGAAAUAGAAUGCAAUAGACUUUUAAUUCAUAACACAGGAAAGGAAUAAACAAAUAAAACAGGAUUCCAGGUUUGGUGGAAAUACAGAAUUGCCAUGAUACAGAUAUUGUUGUGCUGGAUACUCAAAAUACUUUAAUCACACUGAACUCCUGCGGAAAGGACCAUAAACAGAAUUUUGAUAAAAAGAACAGCCAUCAUACCUGUGACAUUUGAGGAUAUUUGGUAAAUAAUUAUCAGACAAUUUACCAUGACCAACUGGAAUAAAGGAUCUUUCACAAUUCUUAAGAAAGAUAUGGUUCUAAAUGCAAUAGGUUUUCCCCUUUAAGCUGUUAAGCUGACUAAUCACAAAGAGAGAGUAAGAAAUAUAAAUUGAUUUGUUCUUUUCACAUUACAAAAUA